UUUGUCAAGAUGUCCACAUUCCCGAAGCACUUUGGCCUGAAACCCAAAGAAGAAACGUACAUGUUAAACGAGCUUGAGAAGGUUCGCCAGGAGACUAAAAAGGAUUUUCUCCGAUUCCAGCGGAAGUUGGCCUCCAAGCCGGCUAUCGAUGGAAGCUCCGUGCACAGCCUCCCGGUCCCCGGCCCGGCCGGCCGGGGAUCCCAGCCCUGGAGAGCGCGCCCUCCGGCUAAAGGCCCCGCGCUGUCGGCCACGGCGCUCCUGCGGGAGGCGCUCGGGGGCGCCGCGGGCCCGGGCCAGGCGGCCGCUCCCGGGAAGGCCGGGCGGUUUAGCCCCCGCGACUUUUACUUGCGGAGCUCCGCGUUCCUCCGGCUGCGGCCGCCGAGGAAGCCUCCGGUCAUCGCCUCGGGGGUCGGCACGGCCAAGCCUGCGGUCCUGCUGCCGCCGCCCCCGCCGCCCAAGCGGCCGGUGAAGCGCAGGGCGCGCCGGGCCCGGUGGAGCCCGCAGCCACCGCCCCCCAGGCGGGAUGUCCGCCCCAAGCGGGUCCCCGACGCGAGCCAGGAGGCGGCUCGGCCCGCCAGGCUCUCCCAGGCCAGGGGGAGUAAGGCCAGCCGCGCGUCGAGCGAGGACGGCGAGUCGGAGGCGGGCAGAAGGCGGCGGAGAGUGAGGAUUUGCAGCCGCUUCGUGUGCCGGGAAGUGUCCAAGGAAGAGCGCAAGCAGGCGGAGCCGGAGAGCCACCCGCCGCGUGACGCCCCCGAGGGCGGCCAGCUGAGCGACGACGCCGCGGAGAGUCUCCAGCCCAGCCACGCGAUCCCCAAGUCCAUCGACCAGAUUAUGGCCUCGCUGCAGUCGGAGGCCCAGCUGGCCUCGGACGAGACCAUCCGAGAGCUCAUCCAGAGCGUUCUGGGCCAGAACUACGACCUUGCCAUGGAAGAUAUCUCUUUAAUAGGAAAAAGGUUCGCCAAAUCAUCUGUGCUGGAAAUGGAAACAGCUCAGACACAAUCAGAGCACGGAUUACAGAUGAGUGUUGAGGAACUUCAAAUGAGUAUGCUUAGGGAGCCUCCUGAAUCAAUGUCAAGUAUAUUCCAGCUUGACCAGAAGGAUCUAGAAUGGGGAGACACAGAAAUAGAAGCCAUGCUAUUUAAAUCUCAGGAAAGUUUGAAAGUUCAGCAAGCAGAGGAAUUAAGUAAACCUUUGGAAGACAAACAACCCACAAGUGAUUCAAAAGCUGCCGAACAGGUGCCUUUAAAGGUGAAAAAAUCAGAAUUCUUGCAAAUCAAAGGAAAAGAAGUUAAGCGAAUACGAAAAAGUAAAUCAGAAGUUUCACCACCGAUACCAAGAAAGUGUUUAAAACCCCCUUGGGAUCCAAAACUACAAAAAAAAAUUCCACGGGACUAUUCCAUUCCUCACCUUCAUGAUCUGUGCACCUCCAUCCCAGCCCGGCAGCUGCCCACGGACUUGCGCCUGGCUUCCCGAGUGGUUCACACUGCUGACAAGAAAAGCCACAGGACCCUACUGAGACUAUUCGGAACAUCUUUCUCAGAUGUUGACUUUACAGACGAAGAACAAAGGGAUAGAAUACUGCAUGGCAUUCCUGUUAUGGACGACAAGCUAGAACAUAUUCAUAUUUCCCUCACACCACCACGGACGCCAUCUGACUUGGUACAAAGAACUGGACGGCGUGCUCACCAACCACAUUUGCAAAUUCUGGGAGAGGAAAUGUGUGCUUAUCCAGGAUGUACGAAGAUAUUUUGGAAUACAACUGCCCCCAAAUUCUCCGUACCAGAAUCUGUCAUGAAGGAAACCUUAUAUCCAAAAUAUGAGAGUGUUCAAACAAGCAAACUUAUAAUUGAGAAAUUUGUAUCUGGAAGCAGAGAAAGUGUCAUCACUGUGGAGCAUGGCAAAUCAAGUUUUCGGUCUUUCUUAUUAAGAAAAUCUGCAUCGUAUGAAAAUACCCCAAAACAUGUCAAUACAGAAUCUCCAGAAUUAAAGAGAACAAAAUCUGCAAUUGACAUUUGGAAGAAGGAGAGCAUAGCUCCCCUGGAAAUCAAGUAUGACAUGAGGAGCAGCAUGAAAGAGGUGAUGUUUCAGAAAGCAAAGGAGCUGGAGCGCCAGCUCUCUAAGCAGCGCAAAGCCGAAGAGCUCAUUUCCGUGAAAGAAGACAUAGAUGUUAUCUUGGAGAAUAUUCAGGACAAACAAUAUUUGAGACAUCUCUCUCUCUCCCUCAUUGAAGCAUCGAGACAAGCUGGCAUCAGUUACAUUGUCUAUCCCAAGAAAACAAAGAUGAAAUGGAAGAAAGGAUUAAAAUUCCAAAAAUUUGCAAUUGUGUAUGAAGAAUUAUCCAAGCCUCCAAAAGUUCUUAAAAGAUCAACAUCUCAUGGAAUACUUCCUGGACAGAAGAAAUAUUUGCUCAAAGUUCCAUUAUAUGAACGUCCAAUACGGUGUCCCAGCUUACCUGCAUGCUUUAAUUUUGAAAAAUUCCUCGAAAGUAAAGGUGGAAUUCCAGAAAACAGUGAUCCUCAGGCAUGGGCCAUUGGUAUGCUGACUGAGCAAAGACCUCAGAGGGCUCCCGUGACUGAGAAAGCUGCCGAAGCACCUGCUCCUAGAGAAACAAAGGAAGUCGUGAAAGAACCUCCCAAAUUAGAACUGAGCGAUUCGGUGGAAUGUAAUCUUUCUCGAGAAGUCAUUAAACAUUAUGAAGCUGAAGUGGCGGCCUUGACUGAAGAAAUAAAUAGCAAGAAAACAUACCCUGCAUUUGCAUAUUGUAGGCGUGGAGCUAUUUAUAGGAAACUAGGAAAGCUACAGAGUGCCAAGGAUGACCUGGAGGAGGCUAUUCUCUUGGAGCCAUUGUUUCUCAAUGCCUAUUGGCACCGACAUUUCAUUUAUCUUUUCCAAGACAAAAUUGAAGAAGCUUUGGAUGACUUGAAUUUUAUAAAUAAAUAUGAUAAGAAUAAUACAGAGGCCUAUUUGUCAAAAGCAGAAAUUUUCAAGGGAAAAAAAAACAUUACUAUGGCCAUUCUAAACUAUUCCCAGGCAAUUAAGUGUAGGCCCACAGAUGCUGAUAUCUAUUUCAGGAGGGCUGAGAUGUAUGAAAUAGAAAACAGAAUACUGGCCAUUGAUGACUAUUCUAAAUGUAUUUACUAUGAUCCCAAAAGAACAGAUGCGUUAUUGAAACGUGGGCUGUAUUAUUUUGAAUAUGAAAACUGGGUUGCAGCCAUACAGGAUUUUACAGGCUUGUUAAAAAUAGAUCCCCACAAUUCUGAAGCAAGGAUAUAUCGAGGGAGAGCAUAUUAUAAACGGAAUCUUUAUAUGCAAGCAACUCAAGACUUUUCUUUUGCAAUUCACUUAGAUCCAAAUAACUGGUUAGCAUUGUAUUAUCGAGCUUGUUCAUUUAGGAAAUGUAACCCUCUCAGAGCGCUACAGGAUUAUAGCGUUUCAGUUCUCAUAAAUGAUGGCUAUGAAAAUCUUAGUUGUUUUCUACAUCGGGGCAUAGUAUAUGCAAACCAAAAACUUUGGUUUCUGGCAAUUUGUGACUUUGAAACUGUUAUUUCUCUAGAAAGAACUAUUGUUUUGGCUUAUAAUAAUAUUGGCCUCAUACAUCUGCUGUACCUGGAUAACUACACUGAGGCCAUUUAUCAAUUUUCUGAGGCUAUUAAACUUGAUCCUUCAUAUAUUCAAAGCUAUCUUUGUAGAGCAGAAGCCUUUUCAAAGAUGCAUAGAUUGAAAAGUUCAGUAAAGGAGUUAUCUCGUGCUAUCCACCUGCAGCCAGAUGGAAUCCAAUUGUAUAUAAUAAGAGGCCAAUACCUUCUUAUGAUGAAAUGUUAUGAGCUUGCAAAGUUUACUAUUUAUCAAGUAGCAGAGAUGGACAAAGGUCUUCUCGAGUUGAGUCCUGUACAGAAAGCACUUAUUUAUUCAUUUUGUGAAAACCAUGAAAAGGCCCUGCAGGUGUUGGAUGGGACCACUUUGAGCAGACCCGACAUCACCAUGUAUGCUCUGUUAGCAAAAGCCCAGAUGAAGGCCAAGAGAAUCAAGGAAGCUAUGAAAAUAUUUAAGAAGGCGUUGGAUGCUUUUUCACACUCUGAUAAAGGACCAAAUGCCACAGCCGUCUCAGCAGACUGUCUGUAUCACUUGGGUCUCUGUUACAUGGAGGAAGGCAACUUGCAAAUGGCUAUUGAUUCUUUUACAAAAGCUGUCAAAGCAAAUCCAGAAUUAGCAGAAUGCUUUUACCAACGAGGGCUUUGUAAAGUAAAACUCCACAAGGAUAACUCGAUCUUGGAUUUUAACCGUGCAAUUACCCUUAAUCCCAAACAUUACCAGGCAUAUCUGAGCCGAGUCGCCUUCUAUGGUUCAAAGGGCAGAUAUUCCAAAGCAAUCUUGAGUUGUAAUGAGGCUAUCAGAAUUUAUCCUGGGAGUGUGCGUGCCUAUCUGUGCAGAGGAGUUCUGAAAUUCUACAACAAGACGUAUAAGCUAGCAGUUAGAGAUUUAAGUACAGCUAUCAAGAUGGACAAAAAAAGCUACGCAGCAUAUUAUAACAGAGCAUUAUGUUACACAAAGAUAAAAGAACUUCAACUGGCAUUAACAGAUUAUGGAGUUGUGCUGCUUCUUGAUGCUGGAGAAACUAUAACAUUAAACAGCUUCAUCAACCGCGGACUCAUCUACUCAGAACUAGAGCAGUAUGGCUUUGCAUUAGAGGAUUUUAAAGAAGCCAUCCUGAUGAACCAGACGAAUGUGAGCCUUUGGCAAGCUGCCGCCAUGUGCCAUCACAGGAUUAAAGAGUUUGAAGAGGCUAUCCAUUGCUUUACCUGUGCUAUUAAAAAUAAACCACGUUACCUGGAUGCUUAUAAUGGACGGGGAAAUUCUUAUAUGAAAUAUGGUGAUAGUGAAUUCAUCAAGAAAGCGCAGAAGGACUUUCUGAAGGCAAUGCAUUUCGACCCAUCAUACAUAAAAGCCAGAAUUAGCUUAGGCUAUAGUUUGCAGGCCCAAGGAAAAUUCCAAAAAGCUUGGCGCCACUUUACCAUCGCCACAGAAAUUGAUCCAAAGAGCUACCUAGCCUAUGAAGGAAGAGCUAUAAUCUGUCUUCAGAUGGGCAAUAAUUUUGCUGCCAUGAAGGAUAUUAGUACUGCCAUGAAGAUCAAUACUAAAGCAGAAUUCUUAACAAAUCGUGGUGUGAUUCACGAGUUUAUGGGUCAACGACAGAAUGCAAUGAGAGACUAUCAGGCAGCAAUUUUGCUAAACCCCAAGUACCCGCUGGCUUACUUUAAUGCAGGAAAUAUCUACUUUCACCACAGGCAGUUUUCCCAGGCCAGUGACUACUUCUCAAAGGCUUUAAAGUUUGAUCCAGGAAACAAAUAUGUUCUCAUGAAUCGAGCUGCUGCAAAUACAUUACUGAAGAAAUAUGAAGAAGCUGAAGAAGAUUUUGCAUGUGUAAUUGAAUGCUGUCCCUCUUGGGCAGCAGUAUAUUUUAACAGAGCGCAAUUAUACUGCUGUUUAAAGCAAUAUGAACUAGCUGAGAAAGACCUCAGUAAAGCCCUGUCUCUGAUACCUAAUGAUGCUGUAGCAUACAAUUUUAGAGCCAAGGUUCGUGGUAAAAUAGGCAUGAUUGAGGAAGCUGUGGCUGACUAUAACCAAGCACUUGAUCUUGAAGAAUAUGCCUCAGUAACAUAAUUGCAUAGACUGCGGAUUCUGUAGUAAUUUACACAGCUGUUCUUCCUAAAACCAAAAUGAAUUUGUUGUUUAACAGGUUGCACUAUUUUCAUUAUUGCAUUCAUUAUGCGUAGCCUUCUAUGUAACCCUUUAAUGCAUUUUAACAAAAUGUUUCUUGUUAUACAUU